UUCCAUACAUAUCUAUUUAUAGGCUAUUCCUCAUCAUCAAAUUAAAUGCGCAUCAUAAAUAGUCAUAUCACCAUCGAAUGCAGACUUUGAUCUACACAGCAAUUCAUUUACUAAUCGAAACAAUGGAAUAAACGAAACUCCUCAGGGAACUCCGGGCCAGCCACGCCGCCCUCGCUUGACCCUCCAUGUUGAAACACCUCUACCCUCCAGACGGGACCCCAUAAACUGACCACACUCGGGCAAUUACGGCCACUCACAGGAACAAUCCCGAGGAAAACCAGAGUCAUCUGAUUGUAUCCGGACAUUUUCCAAGAAAGUUGUACGGAUAUAAGAACGUCGCUGGCUUUUGUUUUAUUCCAUUGAACUUCUCUCAGAGUUGUCCUCAAGUUUCUCCGGGUUGGAACAUUCAAAGGACGUAGGGGUCACCAGUACAUUCAUCAGUCUCUGCGUGAAGGUCUUCCGGAAGUUAGGGCCUACAAAACUAGUGUGCUGGAAGGAUCUCUUUUUAUGUGUUGCAUUAUUUCAAAUGUCCCUCCAUUUUAAAUCCUAGAAUAUCUUUCAAAGACAAAUAUAACCUGUCAAACACGUUGUAGUGUUACCCAAAAAGUUAUUACACCUACAGGAUCCCCGUGAAAAAGCCUGGGUGCAGGACUUUAUUUUUACGACAUAUUAAUUUCAAAAGGUUUAAACUGAGCCUCCCAACAACCUCGAUUGUAAAAACACCCACCUAAUUAUCCUUCUUUCUCCAUGCAAACUAAAACGAUUCUAGUUCUUUCUGGUGUGAAAAGAUUCAUGGAUGGCUGCCCCCAGCUUUCCUUCACGGAAUUCUUCCCACGUCUUGGAUGAUGGAUACCGAUGUGGAUAUAUUAAUGUGCUCAAUGUGGAUGCCAACGUAUUCGUCAAUUUUACCUUUUCAGGGGACACGUGGCGUCACAAAUGCGGAGUUAGACGGCGACUAAACGGACCGCUUAACGAACAUAUUUAUUGACAAUGGCAGUUCGUGACUGCAGUUUGUAGGAAGCAAGACAGGAGACAGAAGGAUUAAGAGAUUACCAUCGCCAAGGACAAAGGAGUGCGGGCGAGUCAGAACAGUUGAUGCAUCAAAUCUUCACCUUGCGUGUUUUCCUUUACUACUUCAUUCUCGUUGGGGGUUAAAAAAACAUGAAUUUUAUAAAAAUUUGUCUGAACGAAAUCGGAAAGAGAUAGGUAAAAACCGCUGCCAGGGAUGAAAUUAGGUGUGAAUGCCAAAAUAAUUUCCACACACUCGGGAAGUGACAACAAGAUUAUAUAAAAUAGAAAUAUGCACAGACCUGAUACGUUCAGAAAUCUUCUCUCCUCGAGCCCCGACAUUCGGAGAAAUCUGGACACGGAGUACGUUCACAAACACUGAAGUUAUAUAUGUGUGUAUGCCUUUUUGCACGAUCUCGAGCCUACAUUGAUUUGGAAGUCCAAAACCACAUGUUGAGACACACCCAUGUACAAGAGGAGAGUAUAUUGUAUCCUAUCCAGACACUGUUUUUGAAAACACACAGAUUUCUUCCCCGGCUCACGGAAAUAAAUAGGAGAAAAAAACUUACGUCCAGGCCAGUUGAUUGUGAAGAUAGUUAGUUGUAGAGUGAAGUGUUAGUUUGUGGUAUGAGCUUGGAUUAACCGUGGGUAGAAUAAAGGUACCUCGUCGGUGAUACUCCAAGCCCGUGACUGAGAGAGAGAGAGGGAGAGAGAGAGAGAGGCGAGUCCCUCACAUGUGAUGUAGUGGAUUUACAUUUCCCUAUCCUGGUUGUACCCAGAUUCAGAUGAGGUGAUAGCUAAUUAUCUACAAUUUACGUCAAACGUUCAACACUCGGUAAUAAAUUAACGACAGAGCCUGCGAGACAGGAGGAAGGAAGGAGAGAGAGAGGGAGAGGGAGGGGGAAAGAGAGAGAGGGAGAGAAGGAAAACGGUAGAAGCAGCGAGAAAAGUGGUAGCGGCGAACUUCAAAGGAUAUUUACAGGGUAGCGACAGGUUCACCCGGCGGCAACAUCAAAGGGAAAAGACGGUGAUAGUGGAAAGUGGUUAAAAAUAACACGGAACAAUCUACUUUUCCCCCUUUUUCUGCUGAAAUCGAGAUGCAAGUCCAAGGGAUAGUAACCUGCCUAUAUUUUGUCCUUAUGUUUCCAGCGGAUAUCAUAGGCCUGUGGUG